CUUCUGAAAGUAUGCAGGGCGCCUGCGCAAAAACCGGGCGUGUCCUUUAGGAUUUACCCAGAAGGCAGCGCUUCAUUCUAAGGUCAAAAUGGCGGGCAGGCCUGCUGUUGCAGCAUCAAGCAAGUGGCUGGAUGGUUUUAGAAAGUGGUAUUACAAUGCUGCAGGAUUCAAUAAACUGGGGUUAAUGCGAGAUGAUACCAUACAUGAAACUGAAGAUGUAAAAGAAGCUAUAAGAAGGCUUCCUGAGAACCUUUAUAAUGACAGAAUGUUUCGAAUUAAGAGAGCCCUGGACCUGACUAUGAGGCAUCAGAUUUUGCCUAAGGAUCAGUGGACAAAAUACGAGGAGGUAGAACAGGACAAAUUCUACCUUGAACCCUAUCUGAAAGAGGUUAUUCGGGAAAGAAAGGAGAGAGAAGAGUGGGCGAAGAAAUGAUCUUUUACAAAGUUACUUCAACCCGAAUAACAAUUUAAGAAUUAUUUGUUCUACCUAUGUCUUACUUUAAAUAAAUGUCUGUUGUAACCAU